GUUUAGCCUCUUAGCUGUAAUUUAGUUUAUCAUUUCUAUUACUUUUUACAGCAGAUUUGAAGCUUACGCACGUAUUGACUAGGUUCAGAUGUUUUUAUACUCAAAUGGUUUCUUUCUGCAACAUUUAAAAUUUCGUUAUAGAUUUAAAUAAGUUAUACCACAAAAAAAGGAAAACUGAUUUAUACAAGGCUAUCACAGAUCUUUUGCCCAUGUAAUUACCACAUUAGCCGUUCACGUUGAUGGAAGCUUUAUUUUUUUCUUAAUUUUACCUCUAGUCCAGUGGCAGGGUGCCGUCUCACGGACGACUGAAAGACAAAUGAGGACGAAACGAAUUUCGGCGAUGAAUCAAACCCGGAAGCGGGUCGAUCACGAAUCAAUACAGUUCGUGAAACGUAACAUGUAUCGCAAGAGUCAUCGGUGUCGCGUAAUUCGUAGCACUUUCUUCAAUAAGCAGAGUUGUAUGGAGCUCACGUCCUGUGUUGCGAUGUGCUCGAUAUAUAACGCGGAGCCGCCCGACGGGAAUCACAUUCCACAUCGAGGACUGUGACCAACCCAUCCCACACACACAGACAUGGACUCCAAGAUUGUAGUAUUCAUCUGCUUGGUGGGCGUCGCUAGCGCAAGCGUGCUGGCCCCCGCGCUGCCCCUCGCCCGCGUCGAUCCCCUGCCGCAGUACUCGUACGGGUACGACGUGCAGGACUCCCUCACCGGGGACUACAAGGGCCACCAGGAGCACAGGAACGGAGACCUGGUGACGGGCUCCUACUCUGUGGUGGACCCUGACGGCACCAGGAGGAUCGUUGACUACACUGCUGAUCCCCUCAAUGGCUUCAACGCGGUGGUGCGCCGCGAGCCGCUAGUCCUCGCAGGCCCAGCGAAGGUCCUAGCUCCCGCCCCGGUGGUCGCCCCCGCUCCCAUCCUGGCCAGAGGCCCCGUCCUAGCCCCUGCCCCCGCUCCAGUCUUUGGCCCCGCGCCUGCGCCCUACUUCGCCCCCAGGCUAAACCCAUACUAUUUUUAGAUGAAUUAUUACAAUUUUGUUGUUGAUAUCUUUACUACUAGCUUUUAAUGACUGUUAUUUAUGUAAAUAAACGCUUUUGAUACAUUUAUUGAA